AAUCGAGAAUGAAGCUUUUGGGCCGGGCGGGAGGAGGGAACGUCAGGAGUUGUGGCGGGCGGGUGCCUUCCGGAGCCGUGUGGACGUUUUAUCUGUGGGCCUUGGUAUUACGUCACAAGUCAGCGACUGGGUCUUGGCGGUGGUGGCCGAGGCAGCGAAGGCGGCAGCGGCGGCGACAGCUCUGGGGUUUGCGUCUCGGGGUGUGUCGGCCGCCGCUGCUGCUCGGGCCUGGUAUGUACAGAUGGCUGGUUAGGUUUCUCGGCACCAUUUUCCGUUUCUGCGACCGGUCAGCGACCCCCGCCCGCGCCCUCCGGAAGAGGCGGCGCUCGAACAGCACUCUGUUUUCUACAGUGGAUACUGAUGAAAUACCAGCCAAAAGACCAAGAUUAGAUUGCUUUAUUCAUCAAGUAAAAAACAGCCUCUACAAUGCUGCCAGCUUAUUUGGAUUCCCAUUCCAAGUGACCACAAAGCCCAUGGUAACUUCUGCUUGUAAUGGAACACGGAAUGUGGCCUCUUCGGAGGAGGUAUUCUCAAGGCCGCCUUCUUGUGAACUGACAGGUUCUGGAUCCUCAAACAACAUGCUGAAACUUGGUAAUAAAUCUCCUAAUGGAAUAAGUGACUAUCCAAAGAUCAGAGUGACGGUAACCCGAGAUCAGCCACGCAGAGUUCUGCCUUCCUUUGGUUUUACUUUGAACUCGGAAGGGUAUAACAGAAGACCAGGUGUCCGUCGCCAUAGCAGAGGCAAUCCAGAAGAUUCCUUAAUGUGGAAACCUCAGGAACAGGCUAUAACAGAGACAAUUUCUGAAGAGGUUGGCAAAGGUUUGAGACGUCCUCAUUGCACUGUGGAGGAGGGUGUUCAGAAAGAGGAAAAAGAGAAGUAUCAAAGGCUACUAGAACGACUUAAAGAAAGUGGUCAUGGAAAUUCCAUCCCUUCUGUAACUUCAAGUCAUUACAGUUCUCAGAGAAGUCAGAUGGAUGCAUUAAAGACCAAAGGCUGGGGGGAAGAGCAAAAUCAUGGAGUCAAAACAGCUCAGUUUGUUCCAAAACAAUAUAGAGUUGCUGAUGCAAGAGGACUUCUAUGUCCAGUGAGAAGUGAUAAGAGGUUUUUAAAGGGGAAGGUUUCCGAUACAGAGAAGCUGGUUGGCAUCAGACUUGACAACGAAGGUAGGAGGGGACACCAGCUGGAACCUGACCUGUCGGAAGAGGUGUCAGCCCGACUUCGCCUGGGCAGUGGAAACAAUGGCUUACUCCGGAGGCGACUGUCCAUACUUGAGGCAAAGGAGAAGAACUGCUCAAGCAAAGACAGGGACAGAAGAGCAGAUGACUUGCUUGAACUUACAGAGGACAUGGAGAAAGAAAUCAGUAAUGCCCUGGGCCACGGUCCCCAGGAUGAGAUCCUCAGCAGUGCUUUCAAGUUGCGAAUUACUCGAGGAGACAUCCAGACCUUGAGGAACUAUCACUGGCUCAAUGAUGAAGUCAUUAAUUUUUAUAUGAAUCUUCUGGUAGAAAGAAAUAAGAAACAAGGCUAUCCAGUACUCCAUGCAUUCAGUACUUUCUUCUAUCCUAAAUUAAAGUCCGGGGGUUACCAAGCAGUAAAAAGAUGGACCAAAGGGGUAAAUCUCUUUGAACAGGAACUUAUUCUGGUGCCCAUUCAUCGGAAGGUACAUUGGAGCCUGGUGGUGAUGGACCUAAGGAAGAAGUGUCUUAAAUAUCUGGAUUCGAUGGGACAAAAGGGCCACAGGAUCUGUGAGAUUCUCCUUCAGUAUUUACAGGAUGAAAGUAAGACCAAAAGAAACAUUGAUCUGAAUCUUUUAGAGUGGACCCACUACAGCAUGAAGCCACAUGAGAUUCCUCAACAGUUGAAUGGAAGUGAUUGUGGAAUGUUUACUUGUAAAUAUGCAGAUUAUAUUUCUAGGGAUAAACCUAUCACAUUUACUCAGCACCAGAUGCCUCUCUUCCGGAAGAAGAUGGUGUGGGAAAUCCUCCAUCAGCAGCUGCUGUGAGAUGCCCCCCUGGUCCCCGUCGCUGCUGAUGGUCUUUCAUGGACGUUUCCAUAUACCUCAUGCAUUGUGGGUUCAAGGUCCCUGCAUCACUUUGUCGUUCCCUCACAGGUACUGGGCUGUCAGAGCGUGAAGGCCCCCCUCUGCACACAGUCCUGAUUUGGGGUGCCGAGGGCCGUGCCUGCUCUCAGAGCCCUGGACUACACAACCCACACAAGAACAAACGCUAAUACAUACAUUUUUAUAAAGCAUUUAUUUCCCUAUGAAUGUGGGAAAUGCAGGAUUUAUUCUAUGAAUUGUUUCAUUCUGUGUGUCUGUUCACGUGUAUUCAUUUGCUCACUCAUUUGAAAGCAUAAUGGGCAGUGGCUAUUUUCCACUGCUCUUUUACAGUUAAUUCUAAAUUACUUGUUAAACUAUUUAUUUCUGAAAAGAAUGUUAAUCAAGCUGCCACUCCCUGCUGGAGACUAGGAGGGGACUCAGUGUGGACGCAGGAAGUGGUCAUUACGUCCUCUAACCUGGAGUACUAGCUGCCAGCUUGAAGCUGGAGAUCUUGGGGGGGGGGGUUGUUUGUUUGGUUGUGUAUUUUUAUUUUUCUUGAGACUUGAAAAUGCCAGGAGAAAUUUAAAAGCUAUGGUAUGGGACUCUGAUAGCAUUUUAGAGGAAGUCCGACACCACAGCAUUGGCACAGGGUCAUGGAAAAGCGAGACUGCAGCCAGGGGCCUCUGGCCAUCUACGCGUCUUCAGAAGUGGGAUGGUCGUCUUAAAGACUGCCGAUUCUGGAAAUGGGAUGACUUGACUUGCUCUUGAAACUGGAUUUGAAAUAACUGUAUACCCUAAAUCUUCCUUUUCGUCCCAGAACUGGUUAGAGUAGAAACCUCAGAAUUGUCAAGUCUGGCAUAAGCUACUAAUUUAGAAAGAUACUAUUCAAUUUAAACCUGUCUUUCCUCAGAAUUUUUUUGCCUACUAUAUUUUAGGUCAAAAUUAAAUUUUGUACACAUUAAGAUUAGCAUCUUCCCACUCUAUUGCCACUAAAAUUUGUGGAAAACAUUUUAGUACUUGGCUCUGAGGUUGCCAGUUAUACAAUAAUCUAUUUUGCAUAUGAAAGUUUGUAUUGAACUUUUGUUUGAAAACCUCACAGAUGUGGUUAUACAUUUUCAAUUUCAGAAAGUUUAGAGUCAGAACAUAUUUUGCAAGAUCUAGUGCCUAGUGAUGCUUUUCAAUGUAAUAAAAGGUUGUCUGGCAGAACCUGAAAA